CCCAAGCAGAAGGGUUUCAGUCCUCAAGUCUGCAUUUUUGUGACACGUUUCUCUGUCUCCUCAGAUCAUGGAUGACUACGACAUAGUGCUCAAGUAUUGGGCUACAGUGGAGGCGGACUACGCCACCCAUGGGAACCUCCUGUUGACCAGAUUAUUCAAACAGCACCCUCAUACCCUAAAGCUGUUCCCCAAGUUUGCUGACAUUGCCCAGGCUGACUUGACAAGUGACGCGGAUGUAACUGCCCUAGGUGCAGCUGCGCUGAAGAAAAUGGCUGAGCUUUUUAGGGCCAAAGGCAAACAUGAUGCCAUCCUGAAACCUCUGAUCCAAGCCCAUGCCAAGCAACACAAGGUCCCUGCGGAGAGCUUUUUGCUGCUGACAGAGAUUGUUGGUAAAAUCCUGGUGGAAAAGGCAAAUCUCGAUGCUGCUGGGCAGCAAGCCAUGGAGAACAUCAUGGGCGUUCUCCGUGCUGACAUGAGGGCCAACUUCAAAGAGCUGGACCAAAGUGGCUGAAGAUUAAGUUAUGUCAAAGUCAAGCCAGGACCAGACCAUAGACAAGGAAAUGUUUUACAUAAAGAGCUUCCUUUAAAAAUAAAUGCUUUGAUCUUCAGUAAACAACUAAUCUGCAGUGAAAGGAAAUUAAUUACAGCACCACCGUAAACUACAGCCUCAAAUCUUACUAUAAAGUUAAACAUCAUAAAGAACAUAAUGGAUCUUUUAUUGCAGCAUUAUUGCAUUCUAUUCUGUUUGAUGGUGAAGGUUUUUCUUAUGUUGUGUCUGCUCCUCUAAUUGCUCAUCACAGUCAAAAUAAUGCUUUUUUAAUGCAGUUAAAAUAGACUGAUCUCGUCUGGGAAGCUUGGCUAACAACAAACUGUAAAACUUUGACAAAUAUUACCAAUAAAAUUCUGUUUCACUGCUCA